GAUCUCGAGGGAAAAAUUAUAUCUAUCGUUCAAAGGUCGUCCAAAGAGAUUGCCGCCUUCGCAACAAGUACUGCAUCAAUAUUAUUACUCGGUCUAAGUCUCCCAACCAACUUCAGUCGUCAUUUGUUGGCUUCUGCCCACGAUCCUUAUUCACUUGCCACAAGCUUAUCGUUUUUCUUGAGCACCUGUUUGCUAGUAUGAGUUCGUCAUCGAACUCUGUGACUUGUCUGCUUCUUGCAGAAAAUCUUCGCUGCGUUCCUCUGAACCUCGUUCAAAUGCACGCCCUUACCAUCCCUCCCGUUAUCGAGCUCUUUUUCUGCCUGUUUUUGAUUUAUAUGACCCGGAAAUCGAGGAGAGCGCACCUAUUGCUGGCCGCAGACGGUGUUUUGUAUUUUAUCUUGGCGCUGGUCGACCUUUUAUUGCAUGUAUUGCCCGCUGCGCGGAAUUCGAUUGCCAUUUCUAGGGUGGCCGAGCUAUUCCUUGGAUCCGUUUCUUUUCUUCCUAUCUUGUUAUACACCUCAUAUCUACUCUGGCUGAGUCGUAUGGAAUUCAUUCCUUACCUCCCUCACCGUUUCAGACCUGUAGCCAAAUAUCUAUUCACCGGUCUAAUUCCCGUGUAUGUAGCCUUCAAUUUCGCGGUAUCGCUCGGAAUGUCUAUCCAAAAUUUAUCUUCGCCACUGAUCGACUUCAGCAACAAGAGCACAUUGCUAUGGCUGAAUCUCGGCCACAUGUCACUCGGACUGUAUACAAAUUAUCAAUGUUUAAUAAGCUUUCUCGCGUUGUACCGGCUCGCCACUGCCUUGUUCGAUCAAUGGCGCAUCGAUAUCAAUAAUACCGACGAACGUCAUUUUUUCAACGGUACUGGGUGGAUUGUUUUCGGCAUCAAGCUAGGAGCCUUUGAAUGCCUGCUUGGAUUUCUAGUGGGCGGCUUUGCUGGUCCGCUUUCCAGAAGAAUCCUACGACUGAUAUCCAGGAUUUGCAUAAUUGUUGGCACAUUAAAAGGAAUGGACGAAAAUGAAAACUUUGAGAUCCUCAACAAGGAGCUACUCUUGUGGCGUCGUGGCAAGCCUUUAUCAACCUCCCACUCGCUCAUAGCCAAUCGACGCAUGACUAUACAGUCUUUGCAAUUCUCAGACCUGUCUUGCCCGUCCUCUGCAAUUGAAAAGGAUGUGGAAAGGGGCGAGGUAGACCAACGUGCAACAGUGCACGAUGAAGCUGGCGAGCUGGCGGUCUCGCACACUGGCAGACACUUUUCUGCACUCCCUCUUCCCGAACGGGCUAUCCACGCAGAUGAAUUGCGGAGGCAAUCUGGCGAGAACACAUCUGCAGAAGUGCCUACAUCCCGCAAUGAUGUCAUCCCCUCGAAGCGCAACACUCGGCGCCAGUCUGCGCAGGCCAUCUUCGACGAUGCAGUCGUUGUCCUUGCCCCCAGUGUUACUGGCAAGUACCCCGGAUCCAUGCUCAGUCAAGGACACGAAGAUGACAAGUCAGAGCCUCUAGCUCUUGCCACGUGUCGUAAUGUUGCGCAGUCAUAUGGUGAAAAGGACGUGGCUACAGAAUGCGCAGUGGUCCGUACUAGCGACUCCAUGGAACACAAACCCAAAUUUCCGCUUACGUCCAUUCCGCAGCCCGCGUAUACGCGCGCGAAAGGACUUAUGUUACCAUGGACGAAACUUGUAUCACAACACAGCGACAUUUAUACAGUCCAGUUUCCCGCAAGACCCACACGGGCAAGAAUUACUAGUUAUCCCCCAACUGCCCACCCAGAGGGCGAAAGCUCGGACUCACUGAAACGCCACCAUACACAGCUGUCAUCCCUUCGCUCGCUCGAGCUCGUGAGCAAAUACUACAGUGUUGCCACUACGCACUCUUCACAGUGGUCAACCAUUGCGCGUUCCCAAUCAACUGCAAGUAUCAGGAUGUAUGGUGGUGUAACGGCAAUCAGCUCACGACGUGCAUCUGCCGAUCCUGACGACUUGAUGUUCCCGUUGAGCGCAGAAACCUUGCGCGACAGUAGGCCGCAGACUGUCAUCGAUCAGAAGCAUAUUACGUCCGCGGAUGCUUUCAUACACGAGAGCCAGACAGCGCUCAACCGAGAGAAGACUUUGCGGAGACUGAACGGGGAAGUAGAUGUAUGAAAUUUAAGGCAGAGUUGAAGAGAGAAGACAGCUGAGGAGCGAGGACAGUGUUUGACCAGCGGUGACAUCUUGCUUGGUGACCUGCACAGUAACAGGACAACGAUUGGACUCGGAAGAAAAAGAAGAAAAAAGAAGAAAAAGAAGAAAAAAGAAGAAAAAAAGAAAAGGAAAAAAAAACUACCUUCGGAAUCGAUUAGUUUUGCUGUAUCCGUAUUACUUUCCUUUUUAUCCUUCGUAGUGUCUCAUUCCUGUAUCAGUAGAAAAUGUUGUCGUGGGCAGAAUGCGGAAAAGGCAGAAGCCAGCAUCAUUAGACGAGACUGCGAGUACAAGAAUCAUGCCGUGCAGUACUAGCUAGUUCUUCUCAAGAAAAUCAGUCCGUGAAA